AUUUAACCUUUUCUCUCUCUCCCCAUCUACCUAUCUAUAUAUAAAUACAACUUAUUCCAACCAAAUAGAACAACUUUCUUUCUUCUUGCAACAACACACAAGAGAGUUCUGUAAAUAUUGUGUCCAUAGAGACACUCUUGUCUUAUUAAUCUAGUUUUGCUUGAUUGUUACUUCCCAACUUCUAUAUAUCUCCCUCUAAAUCUUUCAUGGCAGAUGUUCAUGAAGGUCACGAUUCAACACGUUUCAAGUUAUUUGGUAAGAUGAUUAACGUGCAAGCGAUGAGCGAAUUCAAAGAAGAACCCGCAAAUAAAUCAGAAGACGACGAAGACAACGACGAUGAUCAAACUUUAGCGAAUAAGAGGCCGGAUAAGAUCAUGCCAUGUCCUAGGUGCAAAAGUAUGGAGACAAAAUUUUGUUACUUCAACAACUACAAUGUUAAUCAGCCUAGACACUUUUGCAAAGGGUGUCAAAGGUACUGGACAGCUGGUGGGGCUCUUCGCAACGUGCCCGUGGGGGCGGGUCGUCGAAAGGCGAAGCCGCCUUUCGGGCAUGGCCUACUUAGCAACAGUUUCUCGGAGGUUUCAGCAAGUGGUGUCCAUUUUGAUGGGGUGGUAGAGUGGCAGAUGGCGGCACAAGGAUGUUAUCAACAUCUUUUUCCGGUGAAGAGACGUAGGAACUCCACCGGUGACUCUUAGUUGAGAAUUUAUGUAUUAGAAAAGUGAUCAAUCUGUUUGGAUAUCUAGCUAGGACCUUUGCUAAUUAAUCAAUGGGUAUUAAUAAAGUUAUUUGUUAGAAAAAGGAUACAUGCAA